AUGCGCGGUGCAUUGUGGGAGCUCCUAUAUAAACCACAUGUUGACCGUCUCCCGCAAAGAAAGAGAAAUAUGCGGGGGGACGAGUUUCCAACAGAUUUGCUUUUCUUGGCUUUAGAUGAACAGAAUUUUUAUGGGACAGAUGAAAAUGGUUUCACGGGGGUGCAGGCACAAGGCCACGAUGGCUGUGGGCAGCCAUCCAGCUACGACAGUCACAGCUCUAACAGCAGCAGUAAACCUGCUAGCCCUCAGGGAGAGGUGUCGUCUGGAAGCGGGUCACCCCGGGUGCUGGGCAGGAGCAGACGACCAGUCAACCCUGUACCUCGGCACAAGCGUCACUCCCACAUUAGUGCGGAACACAGAAGAAGAAACAAAAUUCAGAGGGGAUUUGCAGAGCUGCAGAGUUUGAUUCCAGCAGUAAAUGACAACCCAGCGUCACGGGACAGCAAGUCUGCAAAACUCUUUAAAACUGCGGAAUACUGUCGUCAGCUCAAAGCUGAAUGUAAACGUCAGGAAGAUGAGGCUAUUGCUCUCCGCGGAGAACUCCAGGCCUUGGGUACCCAUAUACAGUAAGUCCCAAUGUAUUCUUUAUGUGUGUUCUUGUUAAAUAUGAUACAGUAUAUGCCUCUACCUUGGUCCAUAUCUAAUGUUAUGUAUAAUACAGUGUAUCACUAAAAUGAAAAUACAGAAUUAUAUGUAUUAUUAUGGGUGCCUAUAUAAGACACAGUCUCGCAUCUGCAAGAAGUGUAAGUCAUCUAGAAUGGUUACAUGUGUAGAUAUUUUCUCCUGUUUUCCCAACCUGCUGCUUCCAUGCUGUAGGUCAGAGGUCACGAUGAUCGGGCAAACCACAUUAUGUGAUUAGGCAGCCAUCAGUGGUUAGGUGUACAUGUAUAAUUGAUUAUCAGCAUGACAUGGUUUUGUGCGGGAUUUAAACGGGAUUUACAACGCAAGUCACAGGAAGGCUAAUUUUGUCACAUCAUGUGUGUGCAUUGAUGAAAACAGUGCCCUCCAGAUACGAGUGGUGAAUCCUUGAUAACAAGGCACAAACUCAUGCUUCAUGUUAAUCAGCUUUGUUUCAACAUUAUGUCUCUUUUUUUAGCAAUCUAUGUUUGAUUCUUUCUUCCUUCUCAGAAAUUGUACCUUAGUUCUUUGAAAGGUUAAUUCUUAAUAAAUACAGUCAAACCUCGCGAUAACGCCCUCCCUCACUUACUGCCAGCCUAAGGACCUGGUACAGAAAUCCCCAAUGUUAUUUUCCAUAAGCUACGGCCACCGUCACUUAACGCCAUCCGCCAGGCUCUUUUCUAGACAAAAUGUAUUAAAACCAUUUUGCGCUUGCUGUCCCGUCAGCAAUGGCAGCGGUGAUACUAUAAAUGCUGGCUAGUAUAAAACUAUGAGAUACCCUUCAUGUAACAGGCGAAUUUGUUUACCAACCUUUAAGGCCUGGAAAGCCUUUUCAUGAACAACGGUAUUCUCCAUUCAAGUGUUUGAACUGUGAACAACAGGCUGUAUUAGCUGUAUAAGGUGAAAGCUCAAUUCCUUUGAUUGAAGUGAUUUUAUUUCAAAGGUAAAAAAAUAUAUUCAGCUAUAACUGUAGUUCCCUUUGGCGCCUGGCAUUGAACAGCUUUACAUUUUAAGAUCUCGAGUUUGUAGGUAGUCUCUAUCUCUUUAAUGUAGUGCUUAGCCAGUCUUUUGUUUUUGCAUCUCGCUACCUGUGGCCAAACACCUCGAUCAGGGCUGUAUUACAUGUCCAGAUCGUCAUAUCUGAUAUCUGAUAUGAAAAACCACUAGGAGGGGUUUAAAAUAGUUAAAGCAUUGAAUGUGCAUGUCUUAUUGCUUUAUUGUACAUAAUAUGCAGACUUCAUUGUACCGCCAAACUCGCUGUACUGCCAAAGUGGUGUCAACACCAAAACCCGGUGUUAUAACUAGGUACCACUGUACAUGUUUUUUUGGUUUCUAUUUUGACAUUUGCUGAAAUCAUUUGAUGAUGUGUGUAACAGAGAUUGAGUUUUAUAUUUGUGCAUGUUUUUAGCUUAAUGGAUCUACAAGCCAGUGCAUAGUGUGAGCCAUUAUAUUCGGCACCAUUUUUGUCUGCAAUAAGGUGGUUCAGUCUGAGGCAAAGUGUGAUAACAUUUUUUCUGUCAGGCUUUGUAUAUCAGCUGAAGACCAGCUACUGCAUGUUGCUCAAGUGGGUACUACAUGAAGUCAAAACACAAAUCUGUACUGAAGAGACUUCUUGUACAGUGGAUAUGAGAAUUCCCCAUUCUGUGAUAUGUUGGAAAGUAGAUUUUAAAGAUAACCUAGAUGCAAUGUACCUGUCUAUACAAUGUACCUGUCUAUAAAGUGUCCCUAUCUUUGUAAAGGGAGGUAAUUUGUUUAGAAAGCCAUGACCAACCACCUUAAACAGGUGUAUGGUAACGGAUUUGUGAUCGGAUUAGUUAUUCUCUCAUUUGGAAUUACGUGUUUAGAUUAACAGGAUUUUAGCUUAGAGUGGUUUGCUUGAUCACCGUUACCCGUGUAUUAAGACAAGGGGAGGUAAUAGGUGAAUUACAUAAUUAAUGUCUAUUGUUUUGUUCCUUUCUUUUGAUAAUAUGGGAAUCUACUUUCACAGUGAGCUUGCAUUUUCCACAUUAAUGCUGUACCCUUAUUUACAGAUCCACAACAUUAUAGCACACUCUGUUUCUUUUCUGUUUAUUUCAGCAGGUCAUCAAUAUGUACAUUGUUCACUUUUAAUGUAGCAACCUUUACCUUUUAAUUGGCAAUGCUCAUAACCAUUUUUUCUGUUCCCUCUAACUUAGUUUUUGAUUUUUCAGUGAAUAGAGUUUGUUGACUAUGUAUUUGAGCGUUGUGAUUCAUUGUUCGUAUCUGCUCAUCUUGUAGCCAAUUCCAAUCCCAGCUUCCAGCCUCCGGUCUGACCAAGGUCCAGAAGCCUACCUGUCACAUGGAGAACAUGUUAGAAGAUUACAUUCGUAACAGGACCUGCCAGCAAUGGAAGUUUUGGAUUGUAUCCUUUCUGUUGAUUAACACCACACACUGCGUCACGCAUCAAAAUUCAUAAGGAUUAACGAGAAAUGAACUGACUUCAGCUCCCCUGUCUUCCAUUUUCCUGCACAUUUCUGAUAGCUGCAUUCAAUUUUGCAGCUAAGUAGAUGCACACACUUAAUACACCAUUCCUACUGUACAUCACAGCUACAACAG